UCUCGACCUGUUCUCGAUCGGGUCAGAGUGCGCAUUUACGACUCCCCCUAGCAGAGACAGCCAGUCGGUGUUGACAAACUGGAACGAACCAACGAGCCUCUUUGGCUUCUAUACGUGUCGAAUAAUCGAACAGAUCGUUUAUAUACCGUUAUUGAGAACGGCAACGACCAAACUCACGGAAACAUCAACACGAACAAACAUGCCGCUACCGAAAUUAUUUCACCGAUAAACGGUCUCGUCAGUCAGCGAUAUUUUCUUUCGGACGUGGUUUCACUUUUGUUAGUUUUCUUCUGUACACACGUGGAGAAGGUCAUUUCUGAUAACGGAGCACACGAUUUUUGGUCGCAAACAGGAUGUGGUCGGUUUUGCUGACCUUGGCAGUGACCGGUGCUCUGGGAGAAAUAGUGAACGUCCACGUGAACAAUGACACUCAGUUGAAAUUUGGUUUCGAAGUCGAUUACAACAAUAAUCAAUUUUUACUUGAUGGAAAACCAUUUCGUUACGUCUCCGGUAGUUUUCAUUAUUUUCGAACGCCAAGGCAGUACUGGAGAGAUCGUUUGAGAAAAAUUAGAGCAGCUGGACUAAAUGCCAUUUCUACUUAUGUGGAGUGGAGCCUUCAUCAGCCAAACGAGAAUGAAUGGCGUUGGACAGGUGAUGCGGAUUUAGUAGAAUUCUUGAAUAUCGCACAAGAUGAAGAUUUGUUCGUUUUAUUGAGGCCAGGUCCAUAUAUUUGUGCGGAAAGAGAUUUUGGUGGUCUUCCAUACUGGUUAAUGACUCGCGUACCAGAUAUAAGAUUGCGUACAAAUGAUCCACGAUACAUGCAGUAUGUGGAAAUAUAUUUAAACGAAGUAUUCACAAGAGUCAGACCUUACCUCAGAGGAAACGGAGGACCUAUAAUAAUGGUUCAGGUGGAAAAUGAGUAUGGAAGUUAUGCUUGCGACAGAGAAUACAUGAGUCGACUGCGGGACAUAAUGAAACAGAAUAUUGAAACGAAGGCACUUUUGUACACGACCGAUGGAGCGAGCACGUAUAUGCUUCGUUGCGGAUCUAUACCUGACGUUUAUACCACCAUAGACUUUGGAACGGGUGGAAAUGUGACGAAAAUCUUCGAACUCAUGCGCUUGUAUGAGCCAAAGGGUCCGUUAGUGAACUCUGAAUUUUAUCCCGGGUGGUUGACACACUGGCAAGAACCAUUUCAAAGAGUGAAAUCUGGGGCAGUUACGAAAACCUUGAAUGACAUGCUGGCCUUGGGUGCUUCUGUUAACAUAUACAUGUUUUAUGGUGGUACAAACUUCGGUUAUACAGCUGGUGCUAAUGGCGGCCAGAAUGCGUACAAUCCGCAAUUAACUUCCUACGACUACGAUGCUCCGUUAACUGAAGCCGGUGAUCCAACUCCAAAAUACUUUGAAAUUAGGAACGUUAUAGCCAGGUAUUUACCGUUACCAAACACAUCCAUCCCAACAGUGUCCCCAAAAGGGGACUACGGUUCAAUUCUUCUGUCGCCAGUGUUGAAAUUGUUCGAACCCCUCGGUCGACAAUUAUUUGGAACGAUAAGUGUCGAGGGAUCAGAACCACUGACGUUCGAAACUCUUGGGUUACCUUAUUGGUUGGUACUCUACGAGGCCGAUAUAGUAAGAACUACUUGGGAUCCUGCAAUACUACAUGCGUUAGUUCGAGACAGAGCAUUGGUGUACGUAGAUGAUCAACUGGUGGGAACCCUAAGUCGCACCAAUAAGAUGUACGAUCUUGCCAUAGAGGAACCUUACGGGCAGAAAUUGAAACUGCUGGUUGAGAAUCAAGGAAGACUGAACUAUGGAAACGGACUUCACGAUUUUAAGGGGAUUUCGAAUGUAUCGCUCAGUAAAAUUCCUCUUGGUCCUUGGAAAAUGACUGGAUUCCGUUUAGAUAGUGUUUACCCGCUUCGUUACGUUUCAUCUAUUAUAUCCGAGACUGGAACUCUUCGCAACAGUCCACUCUUCCUCAGAGGGACAUUCUCGAUCUUUGGUCAACCGAUGGAUACGUAUUUAAAUACUAUUGGCUGGGGUAAAGGAGUUGCCUUCGUGAAUGGAUUCAAUUUAGGUCGAUAUUGGCCACUUGCCGGACCUCAAAUGACGCUCUAUGUUCCUGCAUCUGUCUUGAAGUCAGGAGAAAAUGAAUUGGUGGUAGUAGAAUUGGAGUAUGUGCCGAACAGCAGAAAAAUGAAAUUACAGGACCAACCAAUCCUCGAUUAUAUGCCUCAAAAUUCAAGGGACGUAGAUAACUCGAACAAUAUUCGCGAUACGAUGUAAUUAUACUCUUUCUACGAUACAAAUUUUUAUCGAGCU